AUGGCGGCCCCCAGCGUGGCGGCCCGAGCCACGGCCUUCCGUACGGCCGGGCCCGCCACACCGGAACUGCGCUCCCUUCCGCCCAGCUACCGGAAGUCCCCAUUUGAAACGGAGGCGGCCGACUCCGAGGGCGCCCUGGCGGUUGCGGCCCACAGUGUCCCGGACGAGAGCGACGCGGAGCGGCCGGCGCCGGGGUUCGGGGGCUCCCCCGGGACGCUGCACGGCCCGCAGCCCCCCGCGGCGCCGAGCGCGGGCCUGCCCUCAGAUCCACAAACUCGAGCUACUUUUAAGAGUCUCUUACCUGUUAAGUCCAAAGAAGUUGAUGUUCCCAGACAUCUUCAUUCAGGAGGCUCAGAGAACGAUAUUACAAAAGUCACCAAACCAAAACGAGAUAUUGGGCAGAUGAAAGCUGCAGAGACUACCAUCAGGAAAACCCUCCGAAAGGGGACUGGGAUAGGAAGUCAGGAGAACUAUUCUGGCAAUGGAGACAAACAUGCUGGCAGUGAGACCCUGGCUUCACAGCAAGAACUCACCACGGAUCACUCGGACUCUAUGUUGCUAUUAGAAACGCUGCAAGAUGAGCUGAAGCUUUUUAAUGAAACUGCCAGGAAGCAGAUGGAGGAGUUACAGGCCUUAAAGGUAAAGUUGAAGAUGAAAGAAGAAGAAAGGAUCCGAUUCCUGGAACAGCAAACUCUGUGUAAUGAUCAAGCCAGUGACGUUUCAGUAGCCUUGGAGGAAAUGGAGCAGCUAUUAGAAAUGUAAUAAAAGGCACUGGCCAGGUGGCUCCCACUUGGGGUAAACUCAGAGGAAGCCAUGUAGGAUAUCUUCUUGGCCAUAAUCUUGAACUCUCCAUCCCCAGUUGACAACUGUUUCUACAGUAGGAUUCAGGGCAGUUUAUACUGAAUGGGAGUUCCUCUUCUAAGCCAUUUUCCCUAGCUUCAGAUUGGUCAGUUCUGAGCUUCACUUGUAGAUAAUGGAGGCCUACACAAGGGUCCUGGAGGCUUGACUCCACCUCCUAGGCCAUAAAACAGCCCACCAUUAGAAUCAGGAGACUUAAUCAGCUACCGUCGAAGAAUCUAGGAAGUCACAGGCAGAUUUGCAGAAAGCAACCCUUAAUUACAGUGGAGCAGAGGUGCACACAGGAGACAUCAUUGAGUCAUGGACAGAAUAGUACUUCAUUGCCAAUUUAUGAAACUGGACUUGCAAAUAAUACAUCUUGGAGCUUUUCAUCCAAAUGACAUCUGUCUGUCUGUUUUUAAGUAUUACUUUUGAAAUAAAUAUUUUAAAUAUUCUGACUGUAA